UUGCACUUUGCUUUUCCUCUUUCCUGCAUAACCAAAAAAUCUCUGUAUUUUUCGUUAUUUUUUUCUUUCUUUAUUAAAGUAGUUUCCUAUACCAGUCACCCUUUCCAUGUAGCUGACCUCUAAGCUCUUCGAUCUUGGAUCAGCUCAUAGGAGGAGAUGGCGUCUUCAAAUAAUGUGGAGUUAGAGGCAGCGAAGUUUCUUCAUAAACUCAUACAAGACUCUAAAGAUGAGCCUUCAAAGCUGGCAACAAAACUUUAUGUGAUAUUGCAACACAUGAAAUCUAGUGGGAAAGAACAUUCGAUGCCGUUCCAAGUAAUAUCAAGGGCAAUGGAGACUGUUAUCAAUCGACAUGGUCUUGAUCUGGAGGCUCUGAAAUCAUCCCGACAUCCUACUGUUGGGUCUCAAGCAAUGGAUUCUACAUCUGGACAAUAUGUUGGAUCAUCCCAGGCUGUUGCAGUUUCUAAAGACUCUAAAGCAGGUUUGAUGCAAAAUGAGAUACCUAAGUUUGAUCCAUUUUCAUCCAGCAAGCCGCCCGUUGGCCCAAGCAUUGCUGGACAUGAGUAUUAUCAAGGAGUUGGAACUCACAGGGGUAGCCAGUCUUUUGAUCAUGGAAGCCCAUCAAGUUUGGACACCCGGUCUGCUAACUCCCAAUCACAAGACAAACAAAUGAGUCAAAAUGAUAAUAAGAAGGCUGCAACUGCAACUAAGCGAAAGAGGGCUGAGUCAUCAGCACCAUUGGAACCAAAUUUUGAUGAAUCUCUUAACGUUGUUAUUGAUCCUAGGAAAGGGAAGAUGAAUAAGGCUGAAACCUCUGGCCCUGCUAACUACAACAUGUUCCCAAGUAGUGGUCAGAUGGAGCAUUUUCCAUCCUCACCUGGAAAUAUGAGAUCGAUGCAUAGAAGUAGACAAGAUGGUCAGAAUGUAACAGAAAACCUAGUGGAUUCAACAAAUGUUAGCAAUUUGAUGUCACGUGCUCCUAGUUCAAAGUAUCCUGAAGAGGUGGAAGUUUCAUCUACUCAAAAUGUAUCUAGACAACAGCAAAGGGGACUACCUGGUGCGCAUGAAAUUCUUUCCUCUAGGGGCAAGGCCGGGUUACCCUUUGACAGAUAUCAACUUAACAGGUUUCUCCAAAUGUUUCUGGCAAUGACAUCAGAAAUUGCAUCUCAGCAGCUGAUGCAUGCAUCUCUUAUUUCUGGUUCUUUUGGGAAGGUUCAAGGAUUGCCUGCCCCAUCUAACUCAUAUAAUGUAGGAGAACUAGCAUAUUCAGGUUCAGGCCAAUUUAGCGGCUCUGAGAGUCAAAAGCAUGGAUUUUCCAAAAGCUCUGUGGCAAGUCCUGAUGGGUCAUCAUCGACACUUUCUACUGGAAAAGUUUUCGAACAUGAUGGAGGAAGUUCAAAUAUGUUAGCAGAUGUAAAUAAGAUAACUCAGGUUGGCAGGCAAAAUAGUGCCUCAGAAAUGAAUAUGCUUAGAGCCAUGGCUCCAAGAGAUAUGGGAAAGUCUCCUGCCUCUCAAUCUGUGACAUCUGGCAUGCCCUUCAAGGAACAACAGUUGAAACAGCUGAGAGCCCAGUGCCUUGUUUUUCUAGCUUUCAGAAAUGGCUUGGUGCCAAAGAAGUUGCAUCUUGAAAUUGCGCUUGGAAACAUAUUUCCAAGAGAAGAUGGUCCUCGCAAAGAUUUGAAUGACCACAGAGGCAAAGGUCAGACUUCCAAUGAGCCAAUUAGCAUAUCUGAAGUUGCAAUGUUGUAUGGAAGGAUGAAUAAUGCACCUCCUGCUUCAGCAUCUAUAGGAAGAUUUCCAGAGGCUGAUUCCUUGUCAAAAGAAGCAGAAAAUUUAAAAGUGGGGACUAAUGGCCCAACUUCUGAUCUUUCAGCAAUCGUGGAGGAAAGGAAACAUAUUCUAGCUGCAAGGAGGGCAGAGGCUGAUAUUCAGAGCCAAGAGACAGUUGAACCACAAGCAUACCUACCUACAAUGUCAAGACAGCCCGAUUCUUCCACUACGAAGGAUGGUUUUACUGCUCAUACAGAUGGUGUGGAGAAUGGCCAUUUGCAAAUUGCAAAGGCUGAUCUAGCCUCUUCUGUAAUGGGUGCUAGUAAACAAGUGAACCCUGAAAUGAUGGCCUGGUCUGGAAUUGGCUUUCAUAAUGAAGCUUCUGGGGCAUCUUUUAAUGAAGUCAACCUCUGUGAUCUGGUGAAUAAGGUUGGUGUCUGUUUUACCACAGAGCAAGUCGAGCAGAAUAAAUCUGUAUCAACUGGUCCAUUUCCAUCUCCAAAGCAUACUAUGUCUGAGAAAUGGAUUAUGGAUCAGCAGAAACGAAGGUUCUUGGCUGAGCAGAAGUGGGUUGUAAAACAGCAAAAAACAAGGCAAAGAAUUUUUACUUGUUUCACGAAAUUAAAGGGAAAUGUGAGCUCUUCUGAAGAUAUCUCUGCAAAAACCAAAAGUGUUAUAGAAUUGAAGAAACUUCAAUUAUUAGAGCUUCAACGUCGCCUACGGAGUGAUUUUCUGAAUGACUUUUUUAAACCAAUUGCUAAUGAUAUGGAACGCCUGAAAUCAUACAAGAAACACAGACAUGGUAGAAGGAUAAAGCAACUUGAAAGAUAUGAGCAGAAAAAUGAAGAAGAGCGAAAGGGUGAGAGACAGAAGGAGUUUUUCAGUGAGAUAGAAGUUCACAAGGAGAGGCUGGAUGACGUGUUCAAAGUUAGGAGAGAACGUUGGAAAGGUUUCAAUAGAUAUGUGAAGGAAUUCCAUAAGAGAAAGGAGCGUAUACAUCGUGAGAAGAUAGACAGAAUCCAGCGAGAGAAGAUUAACUUACUUAAAAUCAAUGAUGUAGAGGGUUAUUUGCGAAUGGUUCAGGAUGCUAAAUCGGAUCGUGUUAAGCAACUACUAAAAGAAACUGAGAAAUAUCUUCAGAAACUUGGAUCCAAGUUACAGGAUGCAAAGGCUAUUGCAAGCCGCUUUGAGAAUAAUAUGGAUGAGGUUCGAACUGCCAGUGUAGUUGAGAAUGACACUGCUAUCGAGAAUGAAGAUGAGGCAAAGCAUUACAUGGAAAGCAAUGAAAAGUACUACCUGAUGGCUCAUAGCAUUAAAGAAAACAUCAGUGAGCAACCAACAUUUCUCAAGGGUGGAAAAUUAAGAGAGUAUCAGAUGAAUGGCCUUAGGUGGCUGGUUUCACUCUACAACAAUCAUCUGAAUGGUAUUCUUGCUGAUGAAAUGGGUCUUGGCAAAACUGUUCAGGUUAUUUCUCUUAUUUGUUAUCUAAUGGAAACCAAAAAUGAUAGAGGACCAUUUUUAGUGGUUGUGCCAUCUUCAGUUCUGCCUGGAUGGGAGUCGGAAAUCAAUUUUUGGGCUCCAGAAAUACUCAAAAUUGUUUAUGCUGGACCUCCAGAAGAGAGGCGCAGAUUAUUCAAGGAGAGGAUUGUACAUCAGAAAUUUAACAUUCUCUUGACAACGUAUGAGUAUCUAAUGAACAAGCAUGAUAGACCAAAGUUGAGCAAAAUUCAUUGGCACUAUAUUAUAAUUGAUGAAGGUCAUCGGAUAAAAAAUGCUUCUUGCAAGUUGAACGCGGACUUAAAGCACUAUCAGAGCUCUCAUAGAUUGCUACUGACUGGAACACCACUACAGAAUAAUCUUGAGGAGUUGUGGGCAUUGCUCAAUUUUUUUUCUCAGUGGUUCAACAAGCCAUUUGAGAGUAUUGGGGAUAAUUCUGCUGAGGAAGCACUACUAUCCGAGGAGGAGAAUUUGUUGAUCAUUAACCGUCUCCACCAAGUUCUUCGACCUUUUGUACUUCGAAGGCUGAAACAUAAGGUUGAAAAUGAACUUCCUGAGAAGAUUGAGAGGCUUGUAAGAUGCGAAGCUUCUGCUUAUCAAAAGCUUUUGAUGAAGAGGGUUGAAGAAAAUCUUGGUGCAAUUGGAAAUUCAAAGGCUCGAUCGGUGCAUAACUCUGUUAUGGAGCUUCGUAACAUAUGCAAUCAUCCAUAUCUCAGUCAUCUUCACGUGGAGGAGGUUGAUAAUUUAAUACCACAGCAUUAUUUGCCACCGAUCAUUAGGCUUUGUGGCAAGCUUGAGAUGUUAGAUCGAAUACUCCCCAAGUUGAAGGCAACUGAUCAUCGGGUUCUUUUCUUUUCCACAAUGACUAGGCUACUAGAUGUCAUGGAAGAUUAUCUCACCUUUAAACAGUACCGCUACCUAAGGUUGGAUGGGCAUACAUCUGGCAAUGAUCGUGGUGCACUUAUUGAAAAGUUUAAUCAACAAGGUUCUGACUUUUUCAUAUUUUUGCUCAGUAUUCGGGCUGGUGGUGUUGGUGUAAAUCUUCAAGCUGCUGAUACUGUGAUAAUAUUCGACACUGACUGGAAUCCUCAGGUUGACCUGCAAGCACAAGCAAGAGCUCAUAGGAUUGGCCAGAAGAAGGAUGUACUUGUUUUACGAUUUGAAACAGUUCAAACAGUCGAAGAACAAGUUAGAGCUGCCGCUGAACACAAAUUGGGAGUUGCUAAUCAGAGUAUCACUGCUGGCUUCUUUGACAAUAAUACAAGUGCUGAAGACCGUAGGGAGUACUUAGAGUCCCUCUUGCGGGAGUGUAAGAAAGAGGAAACUGCCCUAGUCUUGGAUGAUGAUUCUCUAAAUGAUCUGUUGGCCCGCAGUGAGUCUGAGAUUGAUGUAUUUGAAUCAAUUGAUAAACUGAGGCAGGAAGAAGAGACGGCAAGGUGGAAAAAGUUGGUAUUUGGAUCAGGGAUGGUUGGUUCCAAGCCUUUACCCCCUUUACCAUCUCGUCUUGUUACAGAUGAUGACUUGAAAGCAUUUUAUGAAGCAAUGAAAUUGUAUGACGUACCCAAGACUCGGGUACAACCUAACAUUGGGGUAAAACGGAAGGGUGGAUCACUUGGUGCUCUUGACACCCAGCACUAUGGGAGGGGAAAACGAGCAAGAGAGGUGCGUUCAUAUGAAGAGCAAUGGACAGAAGAGGAGUUUGAAAAAAUGUGUCAAGCUGACUCACCUGGAUCUGCUGAAUUGAAGGAAGAAGCUGUUGAGAGGGAACUGCCAAAAAAUGCUCUGAUGGGUAUUGUUAAUAGCACAGAACCUCAUGCCCCAUCCCCAGCCACCGCCCCAGCUCCAGCUCCAGCUCCGCUUCCUCCACUACCGCAACCAGUUUUGGUGGAGCUUGCACAUCAGCCACAACAGCAGCAGAACAAAGAUGCAACACCACCAUCUAAACGGGGCCGUGGAAGGCCACGAAGAGCACCUGCAGAGAAAUCUCCCACUGCACCAGUGUUUCCAGCACCUUAUGGAACCAGUAAAUUGGAUGUCGGGUUACAGAAAGCAACAGAUACUAGCUCAUCAGCAUUUCCUGCUCCUGCUCCUGAUCCUGGCAAUAGUACAGGAGUUUCUCAGAUCUUUCCACCAAGUACGCCCUCUUUUUCUUCUAUUCCUGACGAAUCUAUCCCACCUGGAUUCUCUCCACCGGUAGAAUCAAAAGGACAAGGUCGAAGGGCUCAAAGUGGAGGACAGGUGCCUCGUCGAAGGGGAAAGAAAAAAGAGCCAGCAUUUAACCCGGCUGUUGAUGGUUCAGCUGGUCCUGCUCCAGAAACAAAUGAGCAAUCUCAGAUUAUAUCAGUUAACCCACCAGAUAGUCUAGCUGUUGCUAUAAGUGGAACUGUUCCUGGUGUUUCAAGUGCUCCCGCUGCUGUGGGGACCAAUCCUAUACCUACUUCUGCUGGUCCUCAUUGUACUGCUGGAACUGAUCAUCCAUCUGAUUCAGGGUCUGGUUUGAACUCUCAGACACUUCAUACUUACCCGGCCACUCCAAUUGCUCAAUCAGCUCUUCCUUGUACUACUGUACCUGUCCAAGUUAAUGGCCAAGGUCGCAAGGUUGAGAGUGGGGUAGGAACACCGCGGCGUAGGGGAAAGAAACAGGCACAAAUAUCAGCUGCUCCUCUGAAUGCUUCAGUUGAUCAGGAUUCAAAAUUGAAUCCGCAAGCACAUGCUAAAUCUACAGAGGCAUCACCAAGUAAAUUCAUUGGGACUGGAGGCAAUCUGGAAAAUGAUGCUUGUGAUCCAGAAAAGGUUAUUCAAGAGGAAGGACAGGGGACUGAUGCACCUGCUAUCAUAACUGCUCAGGAAAAACAUGAUACUAUACAUCAUAAUUUACCUCAAACUAAGCAACCAGAAAGCUCACAGGAUGUGCACAAUAGUACCACCAUAAUCCUUGGGCCUGCUGUGGGAAAAAUUCAUCAAAUUGAUGUGAAGGAGAAGGCUUCUUUGAUUUCAGUGGUUUCAUCUGAAUGCAGCUCUCAGAAAGCUAAGUCUAGCGAGGUAUGUGGUAACCAAGGUGGUGCUGUGGCUGUUGUUACUGGGACCUCAGUUGAAGUGGUAAAGAACCAAAUUUCAGAAGCAAAAGUGCAUCCAACCAUUUCAAUUGGGAAAAAUGCACCUUCUGUUUCUAUUACAACAACCAAUUCUUUGCCUGCAUCGAUUCCUUUAGCAGGUGCCAAUAAAACCAUCCCUAGUUCUGGUGAAAGAAUUUCUCCCAGCUCUGAGCCUUAUCCAACUUCUGUUUCUGCUGUUUCUGAAACUCAAACUGUCCCUGCUUUUCCUGUUGAAUCUGUUCAAAGUAGAAGGCCAGGUCGUAAGACCACAAACAGGGAAGAAGCACCUAGGCCUAGAGGAAGGAAACCUGCAACUCCUGAUGCUUCAUCUGGCCAGGACCUGAAAGUAAAUUCUCAGCCCCAGAGUACAUCAAAGGAUUUAAUGGUUAAUAAAGCUACUGCAGGGAAGAGCAAUCUAGAUUCUGGCCCUCUUGAGCUGGUCAAUGUCACCCAGGUACGUGCAUCUGAAAUUCAUUCUCCAAGUGCUUCAGUUGAUCAUGAUUCAAAGAGAAAAGCAACUGUUGCAGUCCCAGCAUUUAGUCGAAUUGCGACUGCUGAUGUGAAUGAUGUUGCCCGAGUGAUGAAGGAGAUUUUCUCUGAAACCUGCACAUCAAAGAAUAAAGUUGGCGAACCUGCUGGGAGUGAGGGAAAAAGUACAACCACUGCACCAUUAUCAAGCAAGACAUUUGAGGAGCUAGUUAAGAACCAAAGUUUAGAUGGUGUUUCUUCUGUCAGCACACCAAAUCUUGUAAAAACUUCUCCAGCUAGUGAUGUUCGAAAAGUAAAAGGUAAACAGCAGACCGAAAAUGAAUCUGAUACAAAAGAACUGGAGGACAAUGCAUCACUUGCGAUUAAGGUCCCUGUUCUUGAGAGAGUUGAUUCAUUGAAGCCUGAAUGCAAGACCCAUAGUGGCUCAGACAACAAUGCAAAUCCAACACUGAUUCCAAAUGAAAGUUCAAUUACAGAUGCGGUGAUUGAUGGUAUGCCUCCUCUCAAUGCUGGUGACAUGAAAGAUGUGGCUCAAGGAACUCCUACUGGUGGUGAUCAAACUGUUUCUAGAAUUCAACUGAGCUCACCUAGUCCAAUGGACCUGCUUCAAGCUGCUGAGAGUGAUAAAACCAAUAGAGAGCCUUGUUUUAAAGAAUCUCCCAAAGCUGACAGUGAUGAUUCCAUAAUGGAUCCUUCUCUUUCAGGUGUUGUGGUACCUGCUAUUAAUGUUUCUGAAGCCAAAGAAGAAAGUCCCGGUAUGACUGAAUCUAUUGUUGUUGAAGGUCCAGAAACUUUAGAAAACUCAAUCAAUCAUGGAGCUAGUUCUGCGGUUGAAGAUACAGCUCCAUCCCAUGAGGCUGCUAAUUCGGAUGAUUCUCCUGUUCACAACCAAGAUUUGGAGGGUCAUCCUGGUGGCAAUGAAGCCAAGGGGGAUACUAUACCUGAACCGGCGACUGAAUCUACUGAUACAGAGCUUGUUCCACGAAAUGUUGGAGCCUUGCAACAAUCUCUGGUGGUUAGAGAUAAGGAGGGUGAUGGUGUUGAGAUUCACAAUAUGGAAGUAGAUCCUUGUGAGAGAGAAUUUUCUUCUUUGAAAGACUUCACUGCUGAAUCAGCCAGCAGGGAUCCUGCUCCAGAGGAGAAUGGUGGGAUGAAACUGCCUGUCAGAGUUGAAACUAUGAAGGGUGAUAGUGUUGAAGUUUGCGAUCCAGAAGUUAAACCCUUAGAAACACAAUUAUCUGAGACGGAUGUUCUACCUUUGGAAAUAGCAGUUCCCGUUUCUGAUAUUUUAGGGGACAAGAAUGUUGAACAGUUCAGGACAGAUGCUGAUGUAAAAGAGUCCGAGGAGAAACCUCCUAUUUUGGUUAUGACCUCUACAAUAGAAAGUGUUUGUCCAGUAACUCAGUGCCGGGAUGCUACUGGGCCUGAGAACAUUUCAGGUUCAAAACAGCUUUCAUCUGAAAUCUCAAAAACUGGGAGUGCCAUGGAGGUUGAUUGUAAAGAUCAUCACAGUGCUAACGAGAAAGAAGAUUUUGAUACCAAGGGAGCAAAAAGUCCUAAUGGAGAGAACGCUGAUCUUGCUGUUGUGUCCUCUAGCAAUCAAAUAGCAUUAUUUGUGGGAUCUCCUAGUAAGUUAGAUCAUCAGUUCAAUCAAAAUGAAACCACAACACAGAGCUCUUCAGAAAACUCUCCAGAUUUGACUCAUUGUGACAGUAAAGAUUGUGAAUCUACCAUCGACUCUACAAAAGCCAGUGAUGCUUGUAAUAUUUCUAUUUUGGCCCCACCUACUUCUGUUAUGAUGGAGCCUAAAGUGGCCAGCUCUGAAGGCAAAGAAAAGGCUUCCUUGGACUCUUCAAAUUCAGUUGCGCUUGAUAUUAGUUCUUCAGGUGAUGGUGUUGCUUGUGAUUAUUCUGGUGUGACUGCAGUAGUUCCCUUGAGUUCAGACCAUUCAGUUCCUGGAUGUCUUCCUGAUCCGAUCACAAUUCAAUCUGAAGAUAAAGCAGAACCUUCUACUAGAGAGUUGUUGGAAUCUUCUUUCAACAUUGGAAGUGUUAUCCACCCGGAAGAGUCUUUACCUGUUACUGCGUGUCCAGACAAGUCAGGUACAGUGUACAUAGCUGCUAUGGUUGAGAACAAUUCUGAAUGCAAAUUAGAGCAUUCUCCGGAUAAGUCAGGCACAUUGGAGGCACUUGCUGUGGUUGAGAAUAAUUCUGAACUUGAAGCGGAGCCUUCUUUGAAAUCACAUCCACAAGCCUCUGUCCCUGAUGUUGUAAACCUUCAAAGUUCUGCAAUGUCCACAAAACCUGAUGUUGAUGAUACUCUUGUGACUUCAAAUAUUUCACCAGGUCCCAUUUGUUCAGGGAUGGUGGACCUUCCUGCUAUUACUGAGAAUGAAACGGUAAAGGAAACAGAGCCAUCUAAUGGGAUUGAAACCAUGAGGAACUCAGAAUCAGAAUCCGUCUAUUUCGCUUCUGAUUCUUCUAAUGUAGAACUUAUGCCAAAAGAUGAUGAGUUGCAACAGCCAUCAGCUGUAAUGGUAGAUAAUUCUGUUGAUGUUGGCAGUGAGGAAGUAGACCCCACUGCACAACCAGCAUCUUCUCUGAAGGAUUUUGCACCUGGGAACCAUGGUGAGGUGAAGCCCUCAGAAACACAUGCAACUUCAUCGGAGGUUACUGCCAAGGACUCCCCCAAGGGAGAACGUGAUCUAAAUGGUCAGUCUCAUGAGCUCCUAGUACCAGAAAAGACACAUGCUGACCAGGUUGAGGCUUCUACUAUUGAACCGAACUCCGUUGCUCGGGCAUCUUCACCAAAAUCUGGAAUUUCUGAUAAUAAAGAGCCUGUUCAGAGGUCUGGGGCUGAUCAUGUUGAAGCCUGCAGUGGGAAAUUAGACACUACAGAAGGACCAUCCUCGGCACAAACCAUCUCUGAUGAAUCUACCCAUCCUGAUAAUAAACCAGAGCUUACACUGGCAUAUGAAGCUGAUGUUAUUGAGGCCUGCUCCAAAGGACCAUCCUCGUUACAAGUCAUUUCUAAAGAAUCCACCAAUCCUGAGCUUAAACAAAAUGAAGUCAGAACUGAGUUCCAAUCUGAAGUUCAUGCCGAAGCUUCUCAGCAAUCUAAGGUCGAAACUGCUGACAUCUCUGAUAUGGAAAUAGACCCAAAAGAAGAAGAAAAAAGACCAUUCAUCCGAAUUGGAGGAUGAUGCUAAAGCUUAUGAGCAGCCUAUAAUUGUCGGUGAUAUGGGAAUAGAUACCGGAGAAACAAAGAUUCCAUCACCGAGCACGGAUGAAACAAAUGCAUAGAUUAACAAAAGAUGAAGUGUUUACCAAAACAUGAAUCAUUAUUUUAGAAGUUGUAGAUGUUUUAUCUUAAUAUUCUUAUCUUUAGAUGUAAAUACGUCUACUUUUGAGCUUUAGAAAACAGUUUAUUCAAUCGUCUUCCCCACUGGUCGAAUGAAUUUAAU